GAGUUCCCUUUUGCGCUCAGUUGUUGAACAAACAAAACUUGCUCCAACACGUUUGGCACAGAAACAAUCCAAAAUUUUGUAGGUUGCAAGCGAUCAGAUCUCAUCAAAACUCAGAAGGAAGACGAUGCAGCAGCAAACUGACACCACGCCGUCAUCCUAUUACCACCAAUAUUAUCAGAACGCCACGGCCGCCGAUCCUCCGCCGUUCAAUGCCGUUUCGGCGGCCCCUUACGCCUCCGCCCCUCCGGUGACGGUUUCACCCUCCGAUUACUCCAAUUUCCCGUCCACUUACCCCUCCUUUCCCCCGAACCCCGAUCAUGUCCCUAACCCUCCUCAAUAUUCUUUCCCUCACCUGCACGACGUUUCUCAACAUCAUAAUUUGUACCAUCAAAAUCAAGCCCCUGUAAAAUACGAUCAUGUGAUCCCUACAAACCCUAGCCCUAACCCAGAACCCAAGUAUGAUCCCUCAUACUCCUUGAAUUAUUCAUAUGGCUCUUCAGCUGUGCCGUAUCAUGGGAAUAUGUUUGAAAGCAAUGUGGACUAUGCAGGAGAUCAAGGAUUAUAUGAUGGCGGCGUUUACAAAUAUAAUGGUGGUCAAAUUGAGUCUUCUUAUGGGGGGAAAGGAAGCCGAUCGUUUGACUCUGCAAGCGACGGUGGUGUGAUGUUUGAUGAUUAUGGUAGGCCAAUUAAUGUUGCUGCAGGAAAAGAGCCGAGUGGACACGGGAAUUCUUUUCCUAAGAUUGUCAAGGCGGUUCCAAAGGUAGAGGAUUCUGAGGAUGUUAAAAGUGGUAUCCAAAAGUUCCGUGUCAAGCUGUUGUCUGAAGGGUUUGGUCAGACUGAUAUGGACGUUCUUUGUCAGAUUGGUCUGGAUGGAAUUCGGUUUUUGGAUCCAGCAACUAGUCGGACAUUAAAAAUAUAUCCACUUGAGACAGUGACUAGAUGGGAGGUGUUAGAUUCAUAUAUCUUUGCAUUUUGGGCCAAAACCAGUGUUGAUCCAGAACCAAGGCGGAUUAGGCUGAAAUCAAAUAGUUAUACCACAAACAAUAUUCUGGACACUGUGACAGCAGCCAGCAUACAGUCCAAGGAGAUAGGGUCAAGCAUUAACCCCUCAGAUCUAGUGAAGGGAGCUGAGCCAUCAGUUGAGAAGAAGAAGGGCUUCAUCGACUGGAAGAACUUGAUAAAGCCAGUCAAUGAGGAGAAAGAUCACUGGGUCCCAGAUGAAGCAGUAACCAAGUGCACAGCUUGCGGGACAGAUUUUAGUGCUUUUAAUCGGAAGCAUCACUGCCGAAACUGUGGGGAUAUUUUCUGUGACAAAUGCACACAAGGCAGAAUUGCACUUACUGCAGAGGAGCAUGCCCAACCAGUUCGAGUUUGCGACAGAUGCAUGGCCGAGGUAACUCAAAGGCUGAGCAAUAAGGUCGCACCUGGUAGAGUUGCUGGGUUGCAGAGCCAUGAGGAACUUGCCAGAAAACUUCAGGAGGAGAUGGACAAGAAGCGCAAAACAGGUGCAAACCCUGAAGCCUCUGGCACAAGAACGAGAGAAGUUGCCUGUCCGAUAUGCACAGUCCAUUUACAGGUUCGGGUUCCUUCAUCUGGUUCUGAAACCAUAGAAUGCAGUGUGUGCCAGCACCCAUUCCUUGUCAGUGCUCACUAACAUGCGCAUAACUCCCCUUUCCUGCACGUAUAGAUGGUUGAUUUGGUUCAUAUUUGUAGUCAAUUUGACAACUGCAAUAUGCGAGCAUAUAUGCGACUUAUUGCUAACUGGUUGGCAAUGUGAAUGCCAAUUAUUGUAAAUGAAACUCACUUAGAUUUCUAUCCUGUUUAUGAUGCUCCACACUUUGUCGAAGGUGAAAUCUGUGGCUUUCACAUUUUUAUUAACUGAUACUCCAUUGCAUAUAUUUCAACAGCUUGUAAUUGAGGAUGUUCUUGUGCAAUAAGAGGAUAUUGUCACUAUCA